CUUGUAUUAUUUUACAUCAACAGAGAACUGAGUCAAUAAUUCGCUUCCAAACUACUUUGCUUUUUUCUGAUAAUAAAUGGUUACACUUUGCAGUUACGACGCUAAAAUUAUUUGUGUAUGUACUAGACCUUUAAAAACGGCUCGACACGUGUAUGGAAGUACUAUAUAUAAGCUGCUCCAAUAACGUCUUUCAUCACACUCCAACGAUUAAGUUUGUGAACGUACAUCUUAAAUUCACCCAUUUUUUUUUUAGAAAAAGUUUCAUUUGAAAAAAGCGUAUCUUAAAUUUAUUCAGUUUUCAACAUGGCAAGGACAUUGGACUUUCUUUUAAUAUUGGCCAUCCCAAUUUUAUUCUGGGCCUACAUUGAAGUUCAUGUGUAUGCACAGUCGUGUGAUAGCUGCCAUCCAACAGAACCUCUUCAACAGUGCGUGAAUUUAAAUGAUGAGUGGAGGAACGUUUCUAAGAAGUAUGCUGAUUGUCUUAAAGGUUGCCAUGCAGAAAUUGCCCAACUAAUUCCCGAGUCCCGAUCUGGGCCUGAACGGAUUUUCCACAUGCAGCCUCAAGGGGACAGAUGGUGUGGCUCGCGUCAGAACCACAUCGGGUCGGUUUAGAUAUUUAUGUACUGUGGCAGAAUAGCUUAUGUGGUCCUAUAGGGAGAUAGAACCAGAGGUACUGAAUCCAUAUUUUUACCAGACGGAAGCAUUUUUCUGGCAUUUAAAAAUAAUAUAACAAAAUAUAUUUUUAUCCACUGCAGUUGAACACAAUAAUGUUACUUCCCGGAAAAUAAGUUAAGUCACUUGGCGAAAAUGUUAAACUUUCGAAUAAAAAUUAUAAUUGUAAAAAAAAUAAAAUUCAAAUAAUUAAACACUGAAUUGUGACCAUCGUAAA